GACAACCGGAAUUACCAGGUUCCGUCAAAAUUCAAAGUAAAAAAUAAGAUGAUAAACAUAGUGUUUAAAAUUUUUUAAUUGCAAUGCGCGCAGACACAUUUAAAUAAUUAAAUAAUCUAUCUAAUAAUAAAAUAAUUAACAAAAAAAAUGUCUAAAAGAUAUUUCCAGCAGAAUUAUGGAGAGAGAAAAAAAGCUAAAUUGGACUGGAGCACAACUGAUCAUAACUUUCCUAUGAGUCAAAAUACAUCCGUAAAAGAUACACAAUUUACACAAUCAAACUCUUGGGGUAACGAGGAAGAUGACGAAAUGCUACUCAUGGCCAGUCAGGUCUGUGAAAAUGCCUGCAACGAUAGCCAACUUCCCAACUAUAGUAUGUUUAUACCGCCAGCUUCAACUAGCACACAGCUUCCACAGCCAAGCACUUCCAAAAACAUAUUCAAAACCCCAACAUUGAAUCCCACGAAUUCAAUAUCUACACAAUUAAAAGAAAAGUGCAACAGAAUUUCAUCCCCAUUACCAGGCAUAGCAAAUAAACUAAUGAAAGAUAACUUGCAAGUGAAUGUACCUGACAAUUUAAUUAUGAAUGACAAGAUAUACGAGAAACAGGAUUCUGAAACUAUUUAUAAGCAGUUACUUCAACUACAAGAGGAAAAUGUCAAAUUGAAAUCUGAAAAUGGAAAAUUAAUUGAAAAAUGUGUAACUAAAGAAGGUGAAGCCUCAAUACUAAGGACUCAGCUAAAAAGUAUUCAAGUUGCCGCUGACAGUGCCAGGCUAGAGAAAAUGAAUGUGCAAGAAAAACUGCAGAUGGAGUGGACGGAGAAAAUAAAUGCUAUUAACAAUCAGAUGCAUGAUUUAAGGACCCAAUUAGAUUUUAAGAACCUCGAGAUAAUUAAUGCUAAGGACAGAUGUAAAAAAUUAGAAUCGAACAAGCUCAACUUAACACAAGUUACUAUUUCAAAUAAUGCAUUAAGCCACACCUCAAAAACCAACGGAGUCAAUUCCUCUUUAACUCAAAGCAAAAAAGUCAAGAUGGUCUCUGACAUAACGCAAACCGAGAGAAAACUACACUUCCUGAAGCUACCAAAGAGAAUACCUACAGCUUCAUCAAAGCUGAGUCACAUACUGCCACUCAUUAUUCAACCAACGGUGAAGAAGCCUUCGAUACUGGAAUACAAUGAGAACUUAAGGAGGUGUCCGGAGACCGCGGCCCAGUGUGGAAUGCUCGGCACGUCCCUUGGUAUCCCGUCCGGGCAGACCCUCGAACGAAGUGCGAGGAGGACAAAUCUUCAGAGCAUUUACGAGGAUAUAUGUAGUAUCGCAGUCGGGACCGCCGAUGAAAAUAAUUAUUAUAAGGUAUUCGAAACAAUAAAACUAAUAUUGCACGAGACACGGCAGCGCCUGGUCUCCAUAUCGCGCAGGAUGACGAAAGCCUUUCAGAAGGAGAUCGACGAGAGGUACGCGGAGAGCGCCUCGACCUUCGUGCAUGUCGACAGGGAACAGUUGUUGUCCAGCACUGAGCUGUACCGGGACGAGCAGGACAUAGAGGCGCGGCGGGCGGCGGGGGCGCUGGGGUACGUGCGGGGCGCGCGGGGGGCGGGGGACGGGCUGCUGGCCCAGCUCCACGAGAUAUGCUCUCUUAUACAAAAAUCUCACUGCGCGGUGCCGCACGCCGGGGUGCUUCUGGCCGCGGCGCAGGCCUCCGCCGAGCCCGGCGCGGAGGCGCGGGCGGCGCGGGGCGUCCUCACCGCUAUAAUAAGGGCGAAGCCGCCGCCCGCCGUGUCCCGCGCCACACUACGGGCGGCCGCGCGACUGGCGCACCGGGGCGGACUUGCAGGCGCCCUCUGUCCCGGGACGAGCCCGGAGAAGUCGGAACAAGAGCGGGACCAAGCCGGUCCUCUGCCCACAGACCGUGCGUGGGAGGAGUUGAUGGCGGCGUGUCGCUGCGGCGUGCAGAUGCUGUACCAGUGCUCGAUGCGGGACGCGGACUUCGCCGCGCUCCUCAAGCACAACGAGGGACACCUCAUUCAGUUCUGCGAGAUCCUGAAGGACUACCCGCACAGCGAAGUCCACUCCAGCAUGCUCUCGGAACUGUCGCUGCCGCUGCAGGCCGCGCCGCCCCACGCGCCCCCCUCCUUCCACAACACGCCCUGGCUGGACAGCUUCAAAGACUUCACCAUAUCAGAUUAAAUAAACACGGUGGGGGAGCACACGCCGCCUACACGGAUAGCAAGAGUAGCAAGCCACUGCAUGGACGACGCCAAGAUCUUAAUGCCAAUGAUAUUUUGCGAGUCGUCGUGGCCUAAAGGAUAAGACGUCCGGUGCAUUCGUAUGUAGCGAUGCACCGGUGUUCGAAUCCCGCAUUACCAUUGUUUUCUAAUGAAA